AUGUGGCUGGAACAACAACUCCAACACUUUACAGCUGAAAUAUUCCUUGCGGAAAAUGCUACUGAGAAAUGCCGUAACUGCAUCGAAAAAUGCAAACUGCACAGAAUUUACAGACCUGACCACAAUCACCUCGACUGUGAUACCUUUUUUCGUAAGAGGAAGCACAAAACCCCCUUACUGGACAAGGAUGCUGAGGAGGAAGAGGAAGAUGAAGAACAACCCAUGGUUGAGCUAUUGGAUCAGAAAGGUCACAGUGACUUCACCGCCAACAUAUUGUUCUACAUCGCAGGAUAUAUUGUAUCAAAACUGGUAAAGCUGCAUGCUUACAUGUCCUGACUUCAUCACUAGCCUAACUUCCCAACCAUCUACCAACCCUGAUCAGGAUUGCUAUGGUGUUCGGUACAACAGUGCUGCAGCUGCAUCUGCCUUUACACAGUUUGUGAAACAAUAGUGGUCUGAAAAUACCAUCAAAAUCUGUGUUCCAGAUCAUUGAGUAUGCUGAGCUAGUGUUCAAAAGAAACGUAUGCAAAGAAGGAAACAGCAUUAGUAACAAGAAAAAUCUGAAGAAGACAAUGAUUAUGAGUGUUUGUCACCACUUCGUCGAUAUACACCAAGUCCUGUUUGCAGAACAUGAAGAAGACAUCAAUGAAAGAGUGUUCGAAGAUGAACGUCGGACAAAGCUUGUCAAACACUGUGCCGACCAAUAUUUUACAUUGCGUCUUUUCACUUAUGCGAAACGUUUUAAUGCAAAUGUUGUACAAAAGGGACAGCCAAGUGACAGGCAUCGUUUAACAAAGUUAAUCCUAUUCAAGGGACAAUAA